AAGGAAAAAACACACACGGCCUCCUUCCACCCCUUCCUUCGGGGAGGGAAGAGUGAGCGCGGAGAGAAAAAUCUAUCUGAGGCAGAGUAAGGACAGUGAGGGAAAAUAUAUGAGUGGGAGAGAGGGAGAAGAAGAAGAAGGAGGAGGAGGUGGAGGAGAGGAGAUGAGAUGAAAGGAGGGGGAGCAAAUUAAAAGUUGCCAAAUGGAGAUAUUGGGUUUCAAGAGGAGUGAGACAGGAGUAAGGGUUUGCCUCUUUUUCAAAGUCGUCUUUAUGUUAUGCAAAUUGAAAUAAAUAUUUAUUGUUUGACACGGCUUACUGCGUUAUGUUUUGUCGUCGAAUUGGACCCGUUUCUGGGAAGGAGGGGAAACCUAACCGAGCAGGCUAGCCUUCAGUCCUCAGCAGGCCAUUAGUAGGAAAGGAAAAAGAAAUGCGAGGAUCUGUUAGGUUUGUUUUCUUCUCGCAAACGAACACAACGUAGAUUGUUGUUUUUUUAAUUUAGAUAAGCAUCCGAAAUGAUGCCAAACAGAUCAAACCUGUGAACGGUUGCUAGUCCAAUGGUGGCCGUCGUGCCUUCCUUUCCUCACUGAGUCCACCUGAGCAGGAAUGAAGCACAGGAUCUCAGCUCACUGUCCCCUACUCUACUCUACUCUACUCUGCUUCUGAACAAACCCAAAAGCUCUUGUUGGUCGUAUUCCCUUUUCUCGGAUGUACAAUCGAGACAACCCCGAGCCUCAUGGCUAAGCUAAAAAAUAAAAAUAACACGACAGAGCUUUCAGUUUGAGAUCCGAUCCGAGUGUAGAUGGAGAGUGAACAGUCCCCCCUCUCUCUGCCACAGUUUAAAUUAGGAUGUAUAUUGAGGGUUGAUGCUUUUUGCUGCGUCUCCUUUCCGCCCCCCAGACUGCAACAAUCCAAGAGCUAACUAAAGCUGUGCUAGCUGGCUAUGGUGGGGUUGGGUUUUUUUUUUCUUCCCUUCAAAGAGAGGAAGGAAAACCGACAUUUCUCCUCCCUUGUUUGUCUAAAGUAUUAACACGGAUUAACCAAAUAAGUGCCUGUUAGAUAUAUCUAGCUGUAAACAUGUAGGCGCCAGACUGAGUUUUUUGCUCUACAUUUACGUUGUCAUUUUGGUGUAACACCGCCAUGAAGCGGCCAUUACACACAACACAAAGUACCCAAGCCAUACACACACACACACACACUCGGGCUACUGCAAACAAAAAUCACCAAACGAACAUGAAUAAAAACGCAUUUUAUAUGAAAGUGAAGACGAAUUGUGAACAUCUCAACAUCUAUUUCUGUAAUAAGUGAUCCAGUUUGACCUUAGCAAAGGAUUUUAAAACGUUUUGUAUCAUGACAUAUUAGCAUGAUAUUUAAAAUAAACCCAAUAACAGCGGCUUGCUGAAGGAAAGUCAGUCUUAUUAAAUAUCUGACCAUUAUGUCCUGCUCAUCCGCCAUAUAUAUAUAUAUAUAUAGACUGCUUUAGUCCCUGUCUUUUUAUAUACAUUUCAAGUUUGUUUGUUGUCCGUAUCUCUUCUUAAAAACCUCAAUACGUUUCUCUGACUAUUCCGGACAAGUGUGUGUUUUGUAAGCGAAUGAACAUGUUGGUGUUCGUACAUUUUGUCUGGUUUCAGCAGAGUGGCGCAGUUUCAGCUAACAGCCGCCAUUUUGCACUCGGCUGGGUGUCAUGGAUGAUGAAGACGAUCGCCGUCUUCUGGAUUUUAUUGGAGAUGUACAAGCUCUAAAUGACUAUCUUCACGGCUCCAAUAGCAAAUCGAUAGAAGAGGAUGACCUGACAAAUGCAGCUUAUGAAUCUGCAAGCUCAUUUUUCACAAAUGACACAGGUGGCUCAGAUGAAGGACUUAAAGAUGGCCACAAUCACCUGGAAGUGUUUGGUGAGGCUGGUGAAUCUGGACUCACCAGCAGCCUUCAGUUUAUUGAAGAUGAACUGGAGGGUGGCGUCUCCCCGAGUGGUGGGGUUGAUCUUGGUAGUGAGGACCAACCUUUUGAUAUCCUACAGAAGUCUUUAUUGGAGGCAGAUAUUACUGAACAGACAUUGGCCGAAGAGGCAUUGCUGGACUCUCAGCCAGCUAUGUGUCCUAGCACUGCAACCUUCCCCCAGCAGCUGGUCUCUGGAGGAAUUGGAGGUGUUUCAGGAACUGGACUGGUGGCUCCAAUGCCCCUAGCUGGGGCACAACCUCAGGCUUUUAUCCAGCAAGUUCCCCAGCUGCCAUUGCCAAAUGGACCAGCAGGACACAUUCAGUUAUUGAGCUCUCUUAAUGGAAGUACUCCCUCCAUGAUGACUAUCAAGAGCCUGGAGCGACCUCAGAUCCUCUUAAGGCCUGGUGGAAAUGCAGUGAUGGGCAAUGCUGGGCAGGGUACAGCUUUCGUUCCUUCUGCACCUGGGCAGGUAUCUGUUCCCUUUAAUAAAGGGCCAAUACAGCUGCAGAAUAUUAUUAUUCAGAGAGGCCCUGUACCACAGUCUUUGGUCAGACCCAUUCAGCCUAAGGCUGUCCAAACAGGUGGACAAACUGUGUACAAUAUAAGCAAUCUAGGUAUCCAACCCAACACCACUACUAUUGCAACCCCAGUUAAUACUAUGGGGUACACAGCCAAUGGAUCUCCACAGACUACCCAGCAGGUAAAAGUUGUAGUCCAUUCUCCCUUUGGACAACAAGGGCAACCACAGGUUCAAGCCAGUCUUCCCCAGGGGCAGUUUUUAUUACCCACUGGCAGCACUGUUCAUGGGCUUCAGGCAGUGAAUGGUCAGGUGCUUCAAAGCAACACUCAAGUGAGUGACCCAUCCUUAACUAGCACUACUACAUACUCUAUCUUGACUAAUCAGAAUACAGCUGUGCAGAUUAUCGCUGGGCAAAAUUUUGCAGCUGGUGGGCAGAUGAUCGUGAAUCAAGGUGUGGUUAGUGCAGGUCAGAUAGGGCAAACCUCUCCUACAGGGGUAAUGCAGGUUGCUCAGAGGCCUGGUGGCACAACCAAAGUCUGGACUGCCAAUCCAUCACCCACUCCAACCGCUGUACAGGCUUUGCAGGCACCAAACCGUCUCACCAUGGUAAACUCCACAGGCCAGACUCAUCUACAGAUAUCUGUUAGCCCAGGACAGCGUCUUCUGGUGCCUGUAGCACAAAACAACACAAACUCUUCACACACUGCAGUCCAAGAACUACAGUUUGAAAAGCAGCAAAUACCUCUCAACCAGGACUCCACAUUACCAAAACAGAAAGCUCAGACCCAGCUGGCGCAUCUGCUUGGUACUAAAGGGGUGAAAACUUCUGCCAACCAGGAAUCCCUUCUCCUAACUAUUUCAAAGAGACCUGAAAAUCAGCAGCUUAGCAGAGGAGGAAUGGUUCUUGAGCAGCUAAAGAGAGAUCAUACCAGGGUCGUAUCUCCAGACCGUACACCCUUCACUUCACUAAAUGAUGUCAUCGACAGAUUGCUGCCCUAUCAUGUGUUCCAAGGGGAGCCACCCUCUGAGGAGGAUUUUGCCAAAGUGGAUGAAGAAUUUGAGGCAGCUGCCACACAAGUGUUAAUGAGAACACAGUCCAUGGUAAACAAAUACAGGCGUUUGCUCAUGGUGGAAGCUGAGCGGUCCAGCCCUUCAUCAGAAAUGGUGAUGAUAGACAGGACAUUCAACCAAGAGGAACGAAAUAACUUAAUUCAAGACAAACGAACGGUACUUGUAGACCCAGAUGGCUUUAUAGAGGAAUUCUGCUGUGGACCUAAGAAGUUGACUUCAAACUCGGUGGCCAUGGAUUUAGAUGGCCAUGAGGAGAUCCCCAGUUUGAUGGAGACUUCUCCUAGCCAAGACACACCACACGUACAAGGAUACGGAGAGAGGACAGAACGCCAUGUAAAGCCUGCUUAUAGGACAGACGUUUAUUCAGUUUUUGAGGAUCCAGGGGGUGAGGGCCAUGAAGAAAGCUUCAGUAAGAGCAGCCUGGACAUGAAGAAAAUGAAAUCCAACAACAACAGCAGUAGCAGCCAGCACCACCAACACUUUCACCCUGCCCAUUACUCUUGCACAUCUCCCAGCCAUUCUCAGCACAUUUCUGGCCAUUUGUACCCCUCUGAACAGCUCCAGUCUUUUGGUCAUGGUCAUGUCCAACUAUCUGACACUGAUUCUGUGCUUGAAGCUGCAGUGAAUAGUAUAUUAGACUGUUAGCAUUUAUUUUUUUUUGUUUUGUUUUAUUGUGUUGGAUACUGUCACAAUCGUGAGUCGAGUCCUGCAACAUGUGAGACUAAAGGAUGCACUUCAGCAAAACAAAUGUUUGUGCGCACAGUGUCCCUUUAGUACAUGGUAAGCAGUGCAGAGAAAAAAAAUGACUGUGCCUACUGUUCUGGAAACGUUUACAUGAAAAGCCUUUUUGGAAGUGCACCCACACAAAGCAGUAUGGUCUGAUGUUUGAAAAAUGCUGGUUACACAAAUGUGUGUAUGACGUGUGUGUUAGUUACUGUCUGUAGUUCUGGAACAUACCUACUCAUAGACACUUUGAUCAGAUCAAGAGUACGCUUGUACCACGUGUGGAGGUUUUCUGUGUCCGUUUUAGUUUAGGUGUAGGCAGGUCUUUUGUGGCUGGAAAAGCAGGACUUCGUAAGACUUACUGCUUCUGACUUAUAGCUGUCCUUGAUCUUUCAAUAAGAUUGUUGCAGUAGUGUCUGGCAAAAUAAGGCAUCAAAAUAUAGGCACUCUUAGUUGUUUUAAAGUAGUAGUAUUUAAUCUCGGUCCCACAACCUCCUUGCACUGCACAUUUGGGUGUUCAUUCUUUUAAAUUUCUGAUUUACUUAAGAAGAGCUCGAAAUUUAUCUGAACAACUGAACUGGUUGAAAUCCUAAACUAUGCAGUCCAGGUGAGGAAUUGAAUACUGUUGUAAGAGCGAUGAUUGAUUGAUUUGAUUGAUUGAUUGUGCUCAUUUCCUUUUAUUUAGCAUUUAGUUUUGUACCUUACAGGUAUGUGACCUUCUGUCCACAGAGACAAGCUCACUUUGAGUGUAUUUCUUUCCUUCCUUUUUUCCCCUCCCUUCUUCCUGCAGGGGAAAUGUAAGUCCUCAGAUUGAGGGUACAAUGUUAUAUUCUUCUAUGCUUUUGUUCAUUUUUUUUUCUUCCUUUGUUGCUUCUAGCCCUGGAGAGAGAACUUGCUCGUGCAUAACUGUAAGUUGCAUUUCCAUGAGCCCAGAGAGAUACUGUCCCAGACGUCUUCAUUUCCCCAGUGUUCCCUGCUGGUCAGGCUAUGUUCUCUCUAUGGUUUUCAUUCUUUGGUUGUAGCAUCUAACAUUUGCACACACAAACAUAGUGUCUUUUAGACAAUCCUGUUUUCUACAGCGUGUCUCUAGUCACUAUUUGGUAAGUGAUUUUGAAGUACCAACAAUUCCAUUUAAUAUGGAAUAGACGUAAUGCUUUGCCUACCCAUUUGGUUAUUUGACAGAGAUUGACAAGUUACCCGUGUGUCCACCAAGGUUUUUUUUUGUUGUUGUUUUUUUAAAUCACAUGAACAUAUUUUAAAGCCACAAUCACAAAUUUUAAAGCUACUUUAUAUAAUUUUGAUAUUAGUUCAAGGAAUUACGAUUAUUCUCAAUCAUCAAACAUAAUACAUGUUAAAUACACAGAUUUCUAUACUAUAUAACUGCUAAAAUAUUUUUAGUUUUGUAGUAUUUCUAGAAAUGCAGACAACUGCUCAGAUCUUCUUAAAAAUGUGGUUCUUUUGGGAAAAAUAAUUCAUUCAGAGCUCUAUUUAGAAAUUUUAGGUGGCAAACUGCAUCCCUGAUGAAGCAUUUAGGGAUUUCUUUGCUUCCAGUUAGUAGUUCUGAAAUUUCUGACUGUGGCUUUUUUUUUUUUUCUUUCUGACUGCUUAACAAGUUGAUAACUAACUUGUUUAGCUCCAACAACAGGAGCGAGACCAAUGCAGCAUAAACAGCAGUGAUGCGUUUGCUCGAUACAUUUAUUUUUGUCCACUUGUUGGUAUUGAAAGGUUUCUUGUGCCUAAAAUAUGAUUUCCUUAAUCAGCAACACUAUACUGUAUGUAUAUAUCUUUCCCAGCAAUUCAACCAAAUAUGAACAAAAGUUGUACUAUGAAGUGAUGUCUGAGAUCUGAGCUUGUGUGGGUGAAGGAGGUUCAGCCUGAAGACCUUUUUGUUUGAGGGGCUUCUUUGCCUUAGUGUACGCAAGAACAAUUUGAACUGUUUGUUUGUUUUACGGUACGUAUGUGGCCUUCAGUUAAUCCCAACACCACCAUCUUGAAAGUUUGAAGUCAUCACCAUACUUAUAGCAUUUCAUUUUCAUACAAAAGUUUAUUUGCAACAUUUGUUUUGUAUUAAAAAUGAGUACAACAAAAUAUUUAUAAUUUUUGUAAGAAAAGUAUGGAAAACCAAACAAAAAGGAAGUUAUUUUUUAUGUUGAGUAUACCUUGUUUAUGUGAAAUCAAAAUAUAUGGUCAGAUAUUGAUUUAUUAUUUAAUUUGUGUUCACUACAACAGCAAAGAUCAAUCAAUAUUAAAUUCACUUUGAAUACAACAGUUAA